GGAGGGGCGGGAGCCGGAGGCCGCGCCCGCCGCGCGGAGCUCACAGCGUCCGCCAGGAGCCCACAGCGCCGCCGCCACCGCCCCGCGCAGACAUGGCAAAAAUGUCCAGCCCUACUGAGACGGAGCGGUGCAUCGAGUCUCUGAUCGCUGUUUUCCAGAGAUACGCUGGAAAGGAUGGUAACAGCUGCAAACUUUCCAAGACAGAGUUCCUGUCCUUCAUGAAUACAGAGCUGGCGGCCUUCACAAAGAACCAGAAGGACCCUGGUGUCCUUGACCGCAUGAUGAAGAAACUGGAUGUCAACUCUGAUGGGCAGCUAGAUUUCCAAGAAUUUCUUAAUCUUAUUGGCGGCUUGGCCAUAGCUUGCCAUGAGUCCUUUUUAAAGUCUACCCAUUACCAGAAGUAAAUCUGGGGGCAGGGGGAGCCCUUGGGUCUGGCCUCCAGACCACCCCCUUUCCCUCAAAACAGCCUCCCAAUCAUCACAACCUACAUGUACUUUGAGCCCAGAAUAUCUACUACCCCGUUCAGGCCAGUCCUGUUGGUGGUAAAUAAAGCAAUGGUGUUUUUUAUACCCUA